CAUAAUUUCAAAUCCACCAAAAUGUAUAAAGUAAAUUAUUAAUGUGAGCAUUGUGAGUAGACGGAUGAUGGCAAUACUAGCAUAAGGAACACUUGCGGCGUGCGGAUGAUGAAAUGUUUUCAGCAAAAUUAUCAUAUCGCCAGCGAAUCAAGUGUCCAUUGAUUGACGUCUAUUUGCGAUGCGAAAAGUUCAUUCAGCUUCCUGUCAUGUUUGGCAGAAUACUUGACGUUGACAGUGAUGUUGACGCAUUUUGUCAGUGACAUUUCUCUUCACGAUCAAAAAUGUCGCCUCUGUGGAAUUUGCUUUGCCAUUACCAGCCAUGUUGACCUGUAUGAAUAACAUUUUCCAAUUUUUGUACGUGAAUUUGUGUGAAUAGGGUCGCCAAAGGAACAUUAUGCCCAGGUGCGAUGUGAAAACCAGAUACAUACCGGCUACGUUUGCUUGGACCUUACUCAUUGUCGCUACAACAUUAUUUUUCUACUAUCCGGCCCAAUACUAUAUUCCAAAACACCCAUGGGUACCGGCAUAUCAAGGUGUGAUCACGUUUUUUGUCUUAGCAAAUUUUACCCUUGCAACAUUUAUGGACCCAGGGAUCAUACCCAAAGCUCCACCUGACGAAGAUAGAGAAGAUGACUUUAGAGCCCCUCUUUAUAAAAAUGUAGAUAUUAAUGGUAUUACUGUACGCAUGAAAUGGUGUGUGACUUGUAAAUUCUAUAGACCACCAAGAUGUUCACAUUGUAGUGUUUGUAAUCACUGUAUAGAGACUUUUGACCAUCAUUGUCCCUGGGUGAAUAAUUGCAUUGGAAGGAGGAACUAUAGGUUUUUCUUUUUCUUCCUGAUAUCACUUAGUCUACAUAUGAUUAGUAUUUUCACACUGAGCUUGAUAUAUAUUCUCAAGUGUGGUGAUGACUAUACUAAACCUCAAUCAAUUGUGGCCAUGGUGUUGAUGGCUUUAAUAGCCCUGUUAGCAAUUCCAAUCUUUGGUCUAACUGGUUUUCAUAUGGUUCUUGUAUCUCGAGGAAGAACUACAAAUGAACAGGUCACUGGCAAGUUCAAGGGAGGAUACAAUCCAUUCUCAAGAGGAUGUUGGCAUAAUUGCUGUUACACUCAGUUUGGUCCCCAGUUUCCAAGCUUAGUGAAGCCCCACAAGUAUAAUCCAAAAAGGAAACAUUGUUCUCAUGGUCCAAUAGCUACUAUAGCUAAUGAUAGUCAAGUGAAAACUUACAUGGAUAACAGUAAUGGUAUUAGAAAUAUAAACUCAAAUGCUUACAAUAAGAUGUCGCCCGGUCGUGAGGGGUGCGACCCGGACAUGGAACCCUCGGCAUCGCAGUCACAGGAUUGCGAACCCACUCCUCCUUUACAACGGCAUGGCUCCAAGAGCAAUUUUUUUCUGUCCUCCUCAGGACAACAUGGCUGCGAUCAGGACUCCCCCAGGCAUCCGCCGAGGCCAAUGCAGCAUCACUAUCCGCGUAGUAGCCCGCAUCCUAGGCCUAGAGGCCUGGACCCUAGCAGAAGUGGGACCCCAGACAGUCUAGGACCUCAAAGGCCGUCGCCCACUAUGCAGCAGAGAAUCAAAGCGUUAGGUGUACCUACACCUUUGGCAAUGUCUAGUCCAGUUAGAAGAUCGAACCCAUCAACCCCAACGCAGCCUCGACGGCCUGACUUCAUCGGGGUGAUGUACGGGGGCAGUGGGGGAUGCCAACCCCCAGUAGGUGGGACCAGAGAGCAGCCCGCUGGUGGCGCAGGCGGCCACUAUUAUGACUUCCAGGAUGGCAGUGCAGUCAGUAGAGGUGGUCCAUUGAUGCAGGGAGCCCCCAAUUACAUGAACGGUAGCCCCCAGAGACGGUUCAUGUCGGAAGGUGAGCUGGUGCGACAGGAAGCACAUCAGCUCUCCUAUCCUCGGUCUAACAACACCGUGGACAACAUCAGAGAGCUGGCUAAUUCACCGCAAAGGGGCGUCUACAUGUGGAAAGAUACAUCGCCCAGUAGUAGUGGUGGCGGCGGCGUAAUAGGAGGCGGCGGCUACCCACCUGUCAGCAGCCAAUCGUCUUCCUCUCACUAUCACCACCAGCCAGAUCUAUACCGGUCGAACCCGACCAGUCCGACCGGGGGCGGGCAGCAGUACGGGGGCGGUCGAGCGUAUCAUCCGGCUCUGAGAGGCGGCGUACCGGUGUUCCCGCCCCAGCAGAGCCCGCAAGUGCAGCGGAAACAGACGCAGGCUCAACAACAACCGCCACAGCAGCCGCCCCAGGCGGAUAACAGGAGGAGGCCUAUGUCGUUCGUUAGGGCGUUGGAGAUGUCAGACACGAGCUGAGCUCCCAGGGCUCACAAUGCUCUGCGCACAUGUCCGGCGGCAGUGGUGUAGGAGUAAGUAUCGGUAGCAACCGCCCCUCCACUCCCGAUCGCACCAGCGUCUACGACAUGAACUACGAGAUCAGCGUGUAGGAGCGGCGCGCAGGCCCCCGACGGCAAUACGAAGGCUUCGGUGGCGGCCCCAGAUGAACGCUCGAUGCUGGAAUCCUCGCGUUCUACCCCCCGUAGACAGGCGACAGGCGGUUUCUCUGCAUCAGAGACGAACGGCGCAACGGCGGGGAAGAGCUAAGGUGUCGGCCAGCGGCAUCGAGAAGGGGUAAAGAAGGGUGGUGAUAUAGCGCACGGAAAAUGUGGCGGGUCUCUGCUAGGAACAUGAAUUGGCAUAACUCAUGCAGUUGCAAGUGAUCUUGUUCAAGCACCUCAGCGUUUGCACGUUCGCCACGUCAGUAAAAUUAUUCUUUGUCAAACACAAUUG